AAACAUAACUUGCAUUACAACAGUGUUUGCACUUCUGAAAUAUUGCGGUGCAAGGUCUUUACAAGGCAUCAAAACUUUUCAGUAAGCAGCCAAGAUUGCUUAUGGAUUCUGGGAAGGAUUUGCGAUCUUAAACAGAACUGCUCUACGAACCUUGAGCAAAUCGAAUCAAAUAACCACUUCUUUUGCUACACGUCUGGUCGUUGGCUAUACAAUGAGCCACUACAACUUAAAAAGCGAUACGUUAGAUUCAAUGUUCCAGCUCUGCAGCAGAUUGCUGGUCGUAUAGCCAGCAGCCGGUGUAUCGAAAUGACGAAAAUACCUGAGGGGCUGUACAAUAAGGUGUUCUCUUUGAGAAUGGAGAAUGGCAGGGAGAUCCUAGCAAGAAUUCCAAACCCCAAUGCUGGUCAUCCCCAGCGUGUUGUCGCCAGCGAAGUCGCAACACUUGAUCUUCUUUGCAACGUUCUUGAUAUCCCAGUUCCCAGAGUUCUUUCCUGGAGCUCCCCGUCACAACCAAACACGGUGGGUGCAGAGUAUAUACUCAUGGAAAGAGUCAAAGGUCGCCAGUUAAGUGAGGUCUGGGGUGCCAUGUCUGAAGCUCAACACUUCGGUCUGGUGAAAAGCCUGGUGGAAAUCGAGCAAAAGCUUGUGAAUGUGAGGUUUGCGCUCCAUGGCAGCUUGUACUAUAAAGGUACAUACUAUCAUGGCAGAAAUGCCGUUGAUCCAACUGAACCGGCAAAGGAGGUUACAUCGGAUUUUGUUAUUGGUCCAACAACCCAGCGGUCCUUUUGGGAAGACGAAAAAGGAGAGUUAGAUAUUGAUCGGGGGCCAUGGGGGACCGCCCAGGAAUACCUUUCAUCCAUCGCAAACCGCGAGAUCGCCGUGAUCCAAAAUUCGGGCCCUAGCAGAUCCAGCAACAAGUCUGUACUACUGGGGAAAACACAACAGGGACGUGAUGAGCAUGUACAUCUUCUCGAACAGUUUCUAAGAGUGCUGCCUCACAUACUACCACCACAAGAAAUUCUUCGUCCCGUUCUGCUGCACCAUGAUCUUCAUUCGGACAACAUAUUUGUUGAUUCCUCAGACCCAACAACAAUAUCAAGCAUAAUUGAUUGGCAGGCAGUCUACGCUGCCCCGCUCUUCAUGCAAGCAAAAUUUCCUUCGAUCUUUGAUUGCGAUGACCCAUACCCAUGGGGUGCUGUUCAACCUAAGUUACCGAAGGAUUUCGAUGCCCUUUCGCAAGCAGAGAAAGAGUUGGCUGAAGAAACACUUGUCAGGCUUAGGCUGAAAAAGUUCUACGAAUUGGCCUCAAGAAAAUUCAACCAGCCUCUCGUCAUGGCCAUGGAUGCUAUGAGAAAUGACGAUGAUCCCACUACCUUCAUAUUUCAUAUUGUUGGGCAAUCUUCUCAGGACGGUCCAGUUCCACUCAAAGAGCUCCUUAUACAAAUAUACGAGAAAUGGGAUAAAAUCAUGGAGCGCCGAGGUUUAGCGACUCCAUGCCCUAUUUCUUUCUCAAAAGACGAAAUUGACAAAAGCCGACAACAGGUAGAAGCAUGGGCGGAUGCAUAUGGUGAAUUUGACAGCCUGCGAGCAAAUAUCGCUGGUAAAGAUGGCUGGGUCUCACAUGAAGAAUACGAUGAAGCCAUGUGCAGGUGGAAUGACAACAAAGCCACUUUAGAACUUCUUCAAGAACGACUGGACAAGUUGCUGCUACAGUAAGCGACUCAGGGUGAGACCAGAAAAAGAUAGGAACAUGCACGUGCCGCGAGUUACUUCCCGUUGCCUCAGCUAGACAUCCUCGUACCUCCAGUAUGUUCGAGAUCUAAAUGGUACAUCUCGCUUCACGAGGUCAGGACCGAGAGUAUCAUUUUAUCUUCUGAGUCUUGUAAGACUAUCAAUGAUUCAACUCGCGAUUGAGCUGGAUGGAUACCACACACCUUGGAUA